AUAGCUUUCAAUGUGGAUCAUGACAUUCUAGUUGCAGCUGAACUUUUAAGAGCAUAGCAUAUUGAAAUAAGCUAUAAAAUGCAGUUUAAAAUUUUACUCGUUCCUAUUUUGUGUGUGGUUUACACAGUUGCGCGUGGUUCACCGAUUGUAGGCGGUUCACCGAUUGAAGGAGCAAUUGAAAGAAAUGAUGAUACCAGCGAAACAGUUCAAACUUCAGAUGUAGAUUCAACAGACCCAAGUGAAACCACCGAACCAACUACAACGACAAUUCAAGCUGAAACUACGAGCACAUCAGCAUCCGUUCCCAAAUUUAGUUGCACAUCUGUAGGGCGAUUCCCAUAUCCGGAUAGCUGUGCAAAAUACUAUUAUUGCUGGGAUACGUUAAAUAACCAUGCAAUAUUCUCUUGUCCAAAAGUAUUUCAUCCGGAAACCAAACGUUGUGUUGAAAAUUAUUCUGUGUGUGCAUCAGCACCCAACUGCACGUAUGACAAACAAGUGUUAGCCAAUCCAGAUGAUAGGUAUUCAUUUUUCGAGUGUAAUUUGAACAAAAAUUCCGAUCCAUAUGUAUAUGAAAUUCGACGCGGUGAAUGUGAAAAGGGACGGGAAUUUGAUGAACAAUUAGGAUUUUGCAAAUUAGUAUCAGACGAAUGGGCGUCAUCGGAAAAUCAUUCAGAAUGGUUUGAAUGUUCGACUGUUGGUAUAUUCAUCGAUUUUAGCAGUGACACCCACUAUGUUCAAUGCGUUGUGAAGAGCAUAUCAAAAGGCAUAUUGAGACCAUGCCGACAUAAAUGUCCGGCUAAUUCGAUAUUCAAUGGAAUCGAUAUGAAAUGUCAAGAACUAAAAUGAGACGUGAUGAGAUGAAUAUAUUCUAUAAUUUUAUUUAGAGUAGUGACGAGUUCUACUUCCUUACUUUCUAUUCCUAUCAAUAUUGUGGUAGAAAAUGACAAAUUCAUUCAAAUUUAAAUAAAAAAAAUUGUUAAGUUUGAACAUUUAAUUUA